AUGGACGACUUCCCACGCUUAUUAUCGCUCCCCUUCGAGCUGAGGGACAUGAUAUGGACAUACUGCGCUACUACUGCGGAGUCAAACGGGUUGCUGAAAUGCUGUCACCAGGCAAGGGACGAGUUCAUCCACCACUGCAUACUAACUGAAGAUGCUGAAAGGCUACAAACACUCCGGAUCUGGCUGGACAAUCUCCCUGGACCUACGGGUGGGCACAUGGAUAUGUUGCGACUCCAUCGAUUCAAGACUAUGGAUAAGUGCGGUGCUGGAAUCUUCGCUCGACAGAACCAGAACUAUCCCAAGUCAGGAGGUCCUUAUGGGGCAUCUACCGAGAUCAAUAGGCGUCUUGCUACACUGUUCGACCCUUUCGCGGCUGCUCAUAUCAUCGAAAUGCGCGACAGUUGCCCACAUUUUCGUGCAGUGAAGUGGGCGACCGCUUCUCUAUCUAAACACACCAAGCAAAUGUCCGAUGAGGCAUGGCUCAAGUUUUAUCCCCAGGGCAUUCGAUAUUACUGGGAUAGAAGAAACCUCAUCGAGUGGAGACUCCGUUGGACAACACAAAACUACAGCUUGCUGGAGAAGUUUGAAAACAGUCUUUAUGGCUGUAACAAUGUGCUCUUGCACCAAUGGUGGGGGUGUGUGUCUUCCUACCAAGACUCAUGGGCCGUCUUCAACGAGCUUGCGCUUCCCGUUGAACGUGAAGCCCUGCAGUGGGCCAUAAAGUCCUUCCCAAACCACCCCGCGGAUAUCGAGCGCCCGGUUCUGGUUCGACGAGAUCGGGAUGAGUAUAUUGUGCGCGUGGCCAGGAAGGGUUGUGGGUAUACGAUUUACAAUUAUUAUACUAUGGCUUGGUGGUGUUUGGCUUCGGCCAACUACACAGGAGCAAGUCCAUUCUUUCACAAUAACAGGGGCUUUCGACCAGGAUCAGGAUCCAGGUAUUGGCACCGGUCCAUGUACAGCCCCCAUAGGCAUCCAAUGUAUCCUCCGGACUUUUAG